CCCUCGUCCGGGGCAAGGGAUGGGCCAGACGUCCGUCUCCACUCUCUCCGAGCACGCGAGCGUUGAUGGGAUAGAUAAAGCAUCAAUUGCAAAUUCAGAUGGGCCAACCUCCGGAUCCCGAACUCCUCCUUUCAAGAGGAAGGGCAAACUUUCCACCAUUGGUAAAAUCUUCAAACCUUGGAAAUGGCGGAAGAAAAAGACAAGUGAAACAUUUAGAGAAACAUCAGCAGUGUUGGAAAGAAAGAUAUCAACCAGGCAAAGCAGAGAGGAGCUGAUAAGAAGGGGUGUCCUGAAGGAAAUAACUGAGCAAGGUGGGGACGUAACUGUAAACUAUGAAAUCUCAAAUGGACACACAAUAGUCAUUGGUGAAGAAGCCAUACAGGAAGAAAGCAUAAAGACUGCCGAAGACAAUAGUUCCAAAUCAACAAAGCCACCCACUCCUGAAGAGAAAAAAGAGAACAAAAAAGAGAAACCUCUUCCUAAAGAUCCUGAAACGUCGACACCCCGUGCUCCACCACCACCUAAAUCUAAGCCUAAAGCUAAAAAAGCAACCAUACCUCCAAAAAAUGCCGCUGCUGCUACCACUAGCCAUAAGACUAAUGAAGUGCCACAUGCCAAAAAAAAGGGCAAGGCGCCUGCUAAGCAGGCCUCUGCCCCACCUUCCAAGCCAACAAGCCGCAAUGUGAAUCGAGAAGCUGCUAUUUUGUCCCAUGGGAAAAAAGUGCAAGCCUCCAAGUCUUCUUCAUCUCCUUCAUCAACAUCAUCUCGCCCUAAGACCUCAAAGGAGCCAUCAUCAACCAAAACAGGCAAAGGAACUCCUAGGGAUAAGAAAAAGGUCGGAAAACAGGUGACUACACGAACACCUGCAGAUGGGGACAUACCUUCUGCUUCAAAAUCAACAACGGACAACUCAGAAACAAAGGCCUCUAAUCCAGAAGAGACUUUCUGCAUUGUUCUUGAAACUGAAGAUUCAAACCAGCCUAGCACAGUUACUGUUCCUCCCCCUGCAUAUCCACCUCCUCUUCCUCCAUCCAUCCCACCUCCAGGCUCUCAGGGCACUGGUUUCUCAGACACACAAGAUGUGCCAGUUAGCAAUGAACUAGGCCUGUCUGUUCCUGGCACGGAUUCUAAUGUUCGUCAUAUGAAAACUGAAGUAGACAGUGAAAGCUACUCAAGUCGCGCUGUUUUAGACAAUAGCCUGGAAGCUGGGGGAGAAGACACAGAAUGUUCUGUUACCAGUGAAGACCAGGAAAAAGAGAGCCCCAGCCUAGAAAGUCCUGGACUAACAGAUGAAUCUUCUGGAGCCUUGAACACUCCGGAAAGUGAAAACAGCAAGGAGAAUCACACCAGUGAUUCAGAUUCAGAUGGGCCAAUACUCUACACAGAUGAUGACGAUGAAGAAGAAGAAGAUGAUGCAAGUACUGAAAGCUCUUUAGCAAGUAAAAUCCGUCGUAGGGAUACUCUUGCAAUCAAACUUGGCAACCGACCAUCGAAAAAAGAACUGGAAGACAAAAACAUCUUGCCGAGAACAUCUGAAGAGGAGAGGCAGGAAAUCAGACAUCAGAUCGGCACAAAGCUAGUGAGGAGGCUUAGCCAGAGGCCUACAUCUGAAGAAUUAGAACAAAGAAACAUCUUGAAGCAGAAGAAUGAAGAAGAGGAGCAAGAAGCUAAAAGAGAACUAAAGCGCAGUCUCAGCAGAAAGCUAAGUCUGAGACCAACAGUGGCUGAACUUCAAGCAAGGAGAAUCUUACGUUUUCAUGAGUAUGUGGAAGUGACAGAUUCUCCAGAUUAUGACCGUCGUGCCGACAAGCCCUGGGCAAGGUUAACACCUGCAGACAAGGCAGCAAUACGGAAAGAAUUAAAUGAAUUUAAAAGCACAGAAAUGGAAGUACAUGAAGAGAGCCGACAUUUUACAAGGUUUCACCGUCCAUAAUUUUUUGAAAAUAAUCUGUAGUCUAGACAUGAAGAUCUUUCCUGGGGAAAGCAGAGCAUCCUGAAGAACUGAGAGUGCAUGGGACCUGGAAUGUCUGCCUGAAAUCACUGAAGAAUGUGGCCCUCACAUUUAAUAAGCAAUGACCUGGAAGUAAUACUGGGGAGAAA